AAUCACCAUUCAGAUGUCGGUCCGUCGGUGGCAUGAAUUGUAAACUUUGAAACACGCCUGUCAUUCACGGAGAAAAUGGUUGAUGUCAACUCUACGUUCGGCUUUGAAGUUUUUCAGUCGUUAUACGACAGCCAAAUAUCGAAAAAAGAGGAUGUCCUAAUUUUAUUCGUUCAUUGGUAUUUUAUAAAAAAUUCGUUCAGGUGUAUCGGCUUAGGCGAUUCAAAAGCAUAUAAUGAAACUGAAAAAGGAUCAGAAUUACUUCCAGCAGAAUGGAGCAAAGAAUCUUAUUAUGCUUUACGUUACGUAAAGGAUAAAAAGUUAUAUAUACUGCAUGGCAUAAAGUCUGAUGAAGAUUUACUUCUAAAUCUAUUGAGAACCGGAGACCAAAGAGUAUCCAAUAUUCAAUUUGAAAUUAAUCAAACUGUAACAGAUCUUCGUGGACCAUUGGAAUCUCUAAUACCUUCAUACCAAACUGUUAUACAAGUUAUUCAAACCGAUCUGCUGAAUCCAAUAAUGUCUGAUAAUGCUGCAAAUACAACAGCUAAUACUUCUACUCAAACAUCAACAGAGAGCAGAGAUAGUAAUAUAGGGAUUCCAUUAAGGCAAGGACUGCCAAUACGAGCACGACCAGGCGCUCCGCAUGCAGGAAAUAUAGGUGAAAGAGACCUAAAUCCUCUAGCUCGUGAAGGCGGUGGUAUGAUCUUCGAUCCAUUUCCUUUACGCGACGGUUUAGCGGGCAGACCAGGCUUAGGAGUUCCAGGAAGGCUACCACCGGGCGCGGUUCCACCUUACGCUAGAUUUGAUCCCUUUGGACCUCCGGACGUGAACCUACCAAGACCACGUCCACGCGAUCCAGAUGCCGAUCAUUUACCGCCUCCAGGAUAUGAUGACAUGUUUAUGUAAAAAAAAAAACAAUGAAAUGUACGCGAAAGGAAGGAGACAGAUAUUACUUGUAAGAAGUUAAACAAAAAAUGGAUUAGUUAUGUAGAAAUCUUUUUUUAUUCCGGCAACACAUCAGAUAUAUAAGUGGACGUUGCUUCUUCACAAAACGACUUCCAUUCUUUUUUAUUUCAUUACUGACGUUUUACAAUAUAACAAAAUUCAUUCAAUUUAAUCAAUAUGCCAUUAAUACAGCGAUAGGUAGGAAAUUAGAUUAACAAAUUAAAUAUAUAAUAAUAGUAAUUUGUGUUUAAAUUGCUCUAACUCGUUAAA